AUGUCGGACAAGCUCACUCGUAUCGCCAUUGUCAACACUGACAAAGUUCGCCCCUCCAAACAGUGUCGUCCUCGCAAGUGUCGCCAGGAGUGCAAGAAGUCCUGCCCCGUGGUUCGCAGUGGAAAGCUUUGCAUUGAGGUCUCUCCCGAAUCUCGCCUCGCCUUCAUCUCCGAGUCGCUGUGUAUUGGUUGCGGUAUCUGCCCCAAGAAGUGCCCCUUCGACGCCAUCACCAUCAUCAACCUGCCCACCAACCUCGAGAGCCAGGUCACGCACCGUUAUGGCCCCAACAGCUUCAAGCUCCACCGUCUGCCUAUGCCCCGACCUGGCCAGGUUCUCGGUCUUGUCGGAACCAACGGUAUUGGUAAAAGUACCGCGCUGAAGAUUCUCAGCGGAAAGCUCAAGCCCAACUUGGGUCGCCACGACAACCCUCCUGACUGGGAGGAUGUGAUCAAGCACUUCCGAGGCUCUGAGCUGCAGAACUACUUCACCAAGCUCCUGGAGGACGAUCUCAAGGCUGUCGUCAAGCCCCAGUAUGUCGAUCAAAUCCCCAAGGCUGUCCGUGGCCCGGAGAAGAGCGUUCGCCAUCUCAUCCAGAGCCGUGCCACUCUUGGAAACACUGAGGAAGUGACCAGGAUUCUGGAGCUGAACCACAUCAUGGACCGAGACAUCACUCUGCUCUCUGGUGGUGAACUUCAGCGUUUUGCGAUUGGCACGGUCUGCGUCCAGAAGGCCGAUGUCUACAUGUUUGACGAGCCAUCUUCUUACCUCGAUGUCAAGCAGCGUCUGAGUGCGGCCAAGAUGAUUCGUUCGCUUGUCCGCGACGAUGACUACGUCAUCGUCGUCGAGCACGAUUUGUCUACUCUCGACUAUCUCUCCGACUAUGUCUGCGUUCUUUACGGAAAGCCGGCCAUCUAUGGUGUCGUCACUAUGCCUUACUCCGUCCGUGAAGGUAUCAACAUCUUUUUGGAUGGUCACAUUCCCACUGAGAACUUGCGAUUCCGUGAGGAGUCUCUUACUUUCCGUCUUGCUGAGGCUACCGACGACUUCGCCAUCGACAGAUCGCGUGCCUUCGCCUACCCCAAGAUUGAGAAGACCCUUGGCAACUUCAGACUUCGUGUCGAUGCUGGAGAAUUCACCGACUCUGAGAUUAUCGUCAUGAUGGGAGAGAACGGAACUGGCAAGACCACCUUCUGCCGUCUUCUUGCUGGUGCCAUCAAGCCAGACAGCAAGAGCUCUGUCCCAGAUAUGAGAAUCAGCAUGAAGCCACAGACCAUUACUCCCAAGUUUGAGGGCACUGUUCGCCAGCUGUUCUUCAAGAAGAUUAAGCAGGCCUUCCUGUCUCCUCAGUUCCAGACUGACGUCGUCAAGCCCCUGAAGCUUGAUGACUUUAUUGACCAGGAAGUCAAGAACCUGUCUGGUGGUGAAUUGCAGCGUGUUGCCAUCAUUCUUGCUCUGGGUAUGCCUGCGGAUAUCUACCUCCUUGACGAGCCCUCUGCCUACCUUGACUCUGAGCAGCGUAUUAUUGCUUCUCGAGUCAUUAAGCGUUUCAUCAUGCACUCUAAGAAGACGGCUUUCGUCGUUGAGCACGAUUUCACCAUGGCCACCUAUCUUGCCGAUCGCGUCAUUGUCUUUGACGGCCAGCCCGGUAUUGAUGCCCACGCUAACACGCCUGAGUCGCUUCUCACCGGCUGCAACACUUUCUUGAAGAACCUGGAUGUCACAUUCCGUCGUGACCCAACCAACUACCGUCCCCGUAUCAACAAGUACGGCUCACAGCUGGACCAGGAACAGAAGUUGGGCGGCAACUACUUCUUCUUGGAGGAGAAGCCCGAAGAAAGUGCUUGA